AUGGCUCCCGGUGCCCUAGCCCGCCUCAUCAUCGGCCGCCGCGCAGCGUCCCCGCUCCUGGCGCGCCCCUUCGCCGCGAAGGCCCGCGCGCCGCAGCGGGCGCCGGAGCCGGAGCCCCUGUCGGAGGAGGACGACGACUUCACCAGCGGCGGGGAGGCCGCCCCCAUCCCCACCGAGGGCAUCAGCAAGCCGCUCGCCGGCAUCCUCAAGGAGCUCGGGAAGAGGGUCCCCGAGUCCCUCCUGAAGACCCGCCUCGAGGACAAUGGAUUCGCCCUCAAGUACAUCCCAUGGCACCUUGCUAACAAAAUUCUGAAUAUGCACGCUCCAGAAUGGUCUGGGGAGGUUCGCAACAUUGUCUACUCAUCUGAUGGGAAAUCUGUAUCUGUUGUCUAUCGUGUGACUCUCUAUGGAACUGAUGCAGAGAUCUAUAGAGAGGCUACUGGAACUGCUUCUGUUGAGGAAAAAGGCUUUGGAGAUCCUGUCCAGAAGGCUGAAGGAAUGGCUUUUCGCCGAGCUUGUGCCCGCCUUGGUCUUGGACUUCAUCUCUAUCAUGAAGAUAUGUCAUAG